CGCUUUUGACAAUUCUCCAAUUCACCCACAAGGAAGGAUCACACACACACACUCACUCACACACACUCUCUCUCUCUCUCACACACACUCACACACACUCAGGCUGCAGUUUAAUCCCGGGGUAAGUGAUAUAUGUGUAUCUUUGUCCCGGGUGAGAGGGAGGUGGAGCCUGCAGCAGCUCUGCACAGGACAGCAGUGGAACCGUGCAGCGUUCAACACACCUGGACAAGUUCAUCCGGAAUGUUUAAGAACAGAGCUCGCGUUUCUUCUGCGCGUGACGGAUCGAUACUCGGCCAGCUGUGACGUCAUCCGCGCGUUUUAUCGAUACAUUGAUACGUUAGUGUGUGUGUGUGUGUGUGUGUGUGUGUGUGUGCGUGUGUGUGUUCAGCAUGGGGCAUCCUCCGCUCGAGUUCAGUGACUGUUACUCAGACAGCCCUGAUUUCAGAGACAGACUCAAGAGCUACGAGCUCGAGCUCGAGAAAACCAGCAAGUUCCUGAAAGACGUCAUCAAAGACGGAAAUAACGUCAUCACUGCUAUCAAAGGCUACUCUCUUGCCGUGCAGAAGUUCUCUACCACCCUGCAAACGUUCCAGUUCAACUUCAUUGGCGACACACUCACUGAUGACGAGAUAAACAUCGCUGAGUCUUUCCGUGAGUUUGCUGGUCUGCUGCAGGAAGUGGAGGAGGACAGAAUGAUGCUGGUGCAGAAUGCUUGUGAUCUGCUUAUUAAGCCCCUGGAGAAGUUUAGGAAAGAUCAAAUCGGUGUCACAAAAGAGCGACGUAAGAAGUUUGAGAAGGAGAGUGAGAAAUAUUACUCUCAACUGGAAAAACAUCUGAACCUGUCGUCCAAAAAAAAAGAGACCCAACUACAGGAGGCAGAUGAACAGCUGGAGAAGGAGAGACAGAUGUUCUACGAGUCAUCAGUGGAAUAUGUUUAUCAGAUCCAACAGGUUGAGGACAGGAAGAAGUUCGACAUUGUGGAGCCCGUGUUGGCAUUCCUGCAGAGUAUUCUGACUCUGAAUAAUCUGACAGUGGAGAUGACUCAGGACUUCCUUCCUUACAAACAGGAACUACAGCUCAGCCUGCAGAACACGCGUAAUCACUUUGAGAGCACGCGUGAGGAGAUGGAGGAGCUGAUGAAAAGGAUGAAGCAGCCCAAACCUGUGUUCGUCAGACAGCAGCAGCAGCCGACCAUCGAGGGCUUCCUGUACACAGAGAAAUGGGCGUUGGGGAUGACCUGGGUGAGGUAUUACUGCAGAUAUAUGAAGGACAAUAAACUGUUAGUGAUGCUGCCAACUGAACAGAAAACCUGCAACCAAACAGGUUCCUGUGAGCUCACCCUGAAGUCAUGUAUUCGGCGUAAAAGUGACUCCAUUGAUAAACGCUUCUGCUUCGACAUCGAGACUCAGGAGAGGCCGUUAGUGACUCUGCAGGCGAUGUCUGAGUGCAGCAGGAAGCAGUGGAUAGAGGCGAUGGAUGGAAAAGAACCCAUUUAUUAUUCCCCGAUUCAGAAACAAGCUGAAAUGGAACUGAACGAAGUCGGAUUCAAGUUUGUGAGGAAAUGCAUCAACGUUGUCGAGGCGAAAGCACGUGAUGUAUGUAGUUACUUUGCGUACACUGCCUUGAUUUAUCCACGUUUAACGGAUCGUCAGAUGGAGGUACGACGGCUCGACUUCAUUAUUUUUUUCUUUUCCAGUGUGUGUAGCCAAAGCAGCGAGAACCUGAUGACGCCGUCCAACAUGGGCGUGAUAUUCGGCCCGACGCUGCUACGAGCCGAAGUGGAAACGGUGGCGGCCAUGUUGGAUAUAAAAUUCCAGAACAUUGUCAUUGAGAUCCUGAUCGAGGACUACAGGAAGAUCUUUAGCGGCCCUCCCGAGGAAAGCUCCGCCCCUCCUGUCCCGCCCCCGAGGGUGGCGCCGAGAAAACGACAGCCAAUCACGAUCUCCAAAAGGCCUCCGAGGCUUUACCCCGCCCUCCAGCCGUCAGUCUUCGAGAAUCAAGAACAUAACGGUGCAGCUCACAACGGUUCCGAUUCUGGAGGAGAUAUCACCAACGCCGGUCCGGCUCCACCUCAGAGGAUGAAAUUAGCCCCUCCCACUGUAGCGCCACCUUCCAUCCCUACUUCUGCCCCUCCAUCUCGCGUUCCUCCUCAGCGCCAAGCCAUCCUGCCCAAACCCACCACCCACCUGGAUCGCAUGUCUGACUCUGACGUCUCCAAGCUCGUUUCUAGGAUACAGGACGGUGGUCAGCGGUUGGACAACGGGGACUCCAGAGCACCAGUGGGCCGGGCUCAGUCGUUCCAGAACAGAAAACCUCCGCAGCGGGUCGUCGCAGCAACCAGAGAUGCCGAGAGUGAUGGGACGAAGAGUCGGCCUGCUUUAGAGAAAAGUUCCAUCUGUCGGCCCCCGAUACGGCCUCCGGACCCACCUUCACGAUGUCCGACCAAUCAGAAAACGCAAAACGAUGACACGCCAGCGUCAUAUGUUGCUUCCAAAACCAAGUUUUUUGAAAAUGCUUCCAGACAGACUGGAAGCUCUUCAUCCACUUCAUCAGCGAGCAGCGAUCUGCCGAGAUGAGACACGACUUUAUUCACUUUUUAAAUCUCAUUCAAAGAGCUCUAAACGGGAAAUUGAGAAGCUACAUCUUUAUCAUCACUAAUUAUUAUUAUUAUUAUUAUUGUUGUUAUUAUUAUUAUUAUUAUUGUUAUUAUUAUUAUUGGAUAACGCACAGAGUCAGCAUGAUGCACGGCUGCUUCUACAUUAUGACCCCUUGUGCCCUAUUCCCUAUUCCCUAUUCCCUACUAAGGGGUCAUUUCAUUUAAUGUUCUUCUUUAUUACUAACCCGUUGAAGGUUACUGGAUGUUCUCCACCACACUUUUAAAACCUGACUACAUUCCCUACAAAAAAAAAUUCUCCAGACAGAGCACUACUGACGUACGCUAACGUUCCUGAACUAGAAAUGAACUCCAGCAUUUGAAACACAGAAGCCUCUUCACUACAAACAAGGACACUUAAUGUAUUUACAGCUCUUUUUUUUAUUAUUAUUAUUAAAUAUUAAAAUAAAUGUCUGGGUACAGCUCAUUAAAAAAGUUUACAGUAUAAAAAUAUCAACGUUUAAGUGGACGACUGUUUACUUUUCCUUAAGUUAUGGCGCUGUAAUGGCCUGAAAACAAAUCUAAUACAUUUUACUGAGGUGAAUUAUUCGUCAAGAAUACUUCAAUUUUUUAAUAAUAGCAGAGACGCGUUUAAAGCACAGACACGCCACUGCGAAAAUGUUUAAAAACUCUUUUUCAUAGCAAAAAGUAUGAUAAAUAUGUAUUUUUUUUAAUCAAAUGACAUUAAAUGAGUGCUAGUCAGUUAUUGUGUUUUGAUAAAGUCUUAUACAAUCCCGUCUGAAACGUUUCUAUUCAACGCAGCGCAGUGUUUUUAUGGAAAUGUUUUUAUUCACUGCAAUUAUUACAACUACUAAAUGACCUGAAUUUCAGUUCACAUUGAAUAAUUAUGUUAAUAAAGAAGACGUUUGUGAGCUAGUUGGUUUGAAACACAGCCACUACGAAUAUUUAAACUGAUAUUUACAACUUAAAGAUAAACCUGAAGCCAUUACAACACUCCUGGACACUUUUUGGACACGUUCUCUCUGAAUUCUGAGGUCAUGUUGGUCAUUAAGCUAUACGUUACAUUUUCAGGAAUUAAAAAGAAAAAACCCCACAAACGCUCCGAGCGCUCCGACACAUGUUCUCGUUAUUCUCGCCGCAAAAACACGGCUGUAAAUUACGCUGAGCUUUCUGUCCAUUAGAGGAGCCGUGGACCUGCCAGCAGCCAGGAACUGAAGAAAGAAACAAAAGCUUCAUGGGAAAUUCGCAUGUUUUUCCCGAAAUGAUUUAAACAUGAUGUUUAAAAAUCACUUAACAAUCCGGAAUAAAUUCCAGACAACAAUCAUAUGAGAAACAGACUGAAACUAAUUACAAAAUACAUUCCAAAUUUUCUCUGAUUUUUUUUUUUCCCUUUUCUUUUUUUUUUAAUAUCUGUGCUUUUCCAUAAAAUCCUCUUUGGCUUAUAAACAAUAAUUUAGGACUGUAAGAUUAAAGCUCCAGAAACUCCUACGCAUCCCGGAAGACCUGGAAAUUUAUAGCCUAGAUUCCCGUCAUGGAAAACACCUGGGAAAAUCAGAAAAAAAGAUCAAAUCCAACGGAGAUUUCGGUAAAGUAGUAAAGUCUGUUCGCUCGCAGAGACGUCAUGGUUUAGUGUUUUGCUAAUAACUGGAAAUUUAAAACAUUAAAUAAAUAAAGGUUAAAAAUGUUAUUUUACAAAAAUGAUCAAAUAAAUAAAUGAAUUAAAUGGUUAUGUUCUUAAACUUGUUUACAUCAGAACGUGUUCGCUUUAGUCAAACUUUUAUUUGUUACUUUAAAAUCUUUAUUUUCAAGUCCGAUAUACUGAUCAAACCUCUUUCUUUACUUUGGUUACGAUGUUUACAGAUAAAUAUGUCUUAUUUAGGAGUAAAUAUAGGAGUGUAAUGAAAUAAAUUUCUGGUACGAUAAUCUCUAAAACUCAAUAAAAAAUCUCGUAGCUAGACAAACGCCCGAGUAAAGAAAAAACACGACGAUAGCAGGAGCUAAAGUUUCCACUCAGAGUUUAUUAUUCUCCUAAAACCACAGCAACUUACCAACAAUUACAACUUUUAUGUAUUAAAGAAUGACACAGCAUAAUUUUUAUCCAUUUAUAGUUACAUUUAACAAGGUCCAGUUCUCGUUUACAUUAUAGCGCUCUUUUUUUCUCUCAAUAAAAAGAAAACGCAGCUUGUUGCCGAGAAACCGCAAAGUAGCGUAAACUCCUCUGUCCUGAGCUUUACCUCUGAGUGUUACAAAGCGCUGACACUGGAGACUCCUUCCAUACGUGUUACAUAAACAUCUCAGUCCACCGUACAAUCCCUGUGAAUGAGCUGUUACUAUAGAAACGUUAACGUAUUCGAACGAGCACAUGAAUACAUUUCUGUUAGGUUUAUAUUAAUCACCAACUGACCAAUCAGAAUCCAGAAUUCAGCAGGGCUGCGCUAUAGUAGCAUUUAUACGCAAAAUAACUUACGCAGAAUACUUUUACGAUCCUAAUAGCGGUGCUAUCCACCAUGUUUUGUCAGCUGGUAAUGACUAUUAUGGGAUGUUUUUCUUAGUAAAGGACACGCUGGUCCAGAAAUUUGUGCAUUUGCUGCUUUUCCAGUUUAACAGCUCGAAUAUCACGAGACCUCGUAUACACUCCUGGGCACAAAAAAUAAUGGGCCAAGUGCAAAAUGGCAAAAUCUUAAGAACAAAUGAUUGAUCAGGAAGUGAGUGAGAGUGAAACAGAGAGAUGAAGGAGCUCAGUAUUGGAGCUUUUCUCUUUCAUUUCUGUAAAUGUAAAAGUCUCGUGGCUCUUGAUGAGCUGCAUCAGGUGGCAGAUAAACAAAUAAUCACUCAUCUUUUAAGAAAAAACAUCCCAGAAGAUGUUUUUGGAAAAGUUUGUACACCCAGACGUGCGUUAGUUUGAGUUUCACAUCAAACAUUUGAAUCAUCAUCAUGAUUUUACGUACAAGAAGAUUAUAGAAGUGACUUUCUCUGUUUCUAGCUUUUCCCCAAACAGCAAACCAGCGAGUGGAGGCACAGGAGCUCUCAGGAGAGCAUCUGCUUCAUUCUGCUCAUUUCCUCACCAAUCAUCUGUUCUUAAGACCAUUAAAAGCUUCGUAGUUUGCCAAUUUGGGCUCGGCCUUUUUAUUUUGCCCAGGAGUGUACGUGAUUAUGAAGUGAAGUCGUUGAACACCACUAAAGCGUAACGCUAUCGAUGAAACUCUUUCAGCUUACUGUGAUAUCAGUAUAUAUGAGUAUAUGAGUAUAUAUAUGAGUAUAUAUGAGUAUAUAUAUGAUCACAGUCCUGGUGCACGUUUGCGUUCGCUCUUUCGCUCGCUCGCUCUUUCGCUUGCAGUUCCUCUGUAACGCCGUAUACUCUGGCACUUGUCACUCCCCCAGCUGCAGUGAUGUAAUGAUGCUUUUCCAGAUGUUUAUUCAUGUUGUCCUUUUGUCAAUGUGAAGCAUAAAUGUGAAGAACAGCCUGAGUGGACAUUUUAUUUAUUAAAUAAACAACAAAAAAAGACAUUUUAGGAAAUUAAUCAGCAGUAAGCCUUUAGGUGAGUUGAAAUUCUUUGUGAUUUGUUUCAUGUUUUGUUUCGACACUCAGUUUAGUGCUUUUUAUUUUAUUUUCUCUUGAAAGCUUAUUUUUCUAAUAUAUCUCUCUAUAACACUCACUAAACCCUGUCUGUUUCCUGUCUGAAUGUACUGAAGGACGUUGAUAAAAGCAACAUUUUCAACCA